GUAUAUACGCACACAUAAUGCGCAGACAAGCUGGAACCGGGUUCAGUGUACGAGUACUUACAGGAUAGUAAACUUGAAUUGACUGGCUGAGGGCAGUUUCACUUCGUCGCUGUCAGGACACAGGUCAAAACAUGGCUCUAAGAAUUCUAAAGAAAGCGUUAAGCGGGAAACAAUGUGGAUGUUUGUACAGUACAAUUCCAGAUAUGCCUCCCGCAGGAUUCACUCCCCAGAAAUAUGCGGGCAUAUCCUAUGAAGAGGCAAUGAAGGUCAGGAAGACCAAUCUAACCCCUGCCCUUUUGACCUAUUACAAGAAUCCAAUCAUGAUUGUUCAGGGUCAUAUGCAGUGGCUCUGGGACACAGAUGGAAAGAGAUACUUGGAUUUGUUUGGGGGCAUUGUCACUGUUAGUGUGGGGCAUUGUCAUCCGAAAGUGAACGAAAGAGCCAAGAAACAAUUGGACAACUUAUGGCACACAACGAACAUUUAUCUUCACCCAACUAUACACGAGUAUGCUGAAAAACUGACGUCUAAAUUGCCGGGUCAAUUAAAGGUUGUGUAUUUCACCAACAGUGGAUCAGAGGCAAAUGAUUUAGCUGUGCUGAUGGCCAGGAUGUAUACUGGUGUUUUUGAUAUUAUUUCACUCAGGAAUGCUUAUCAUGGUGCGAGUCCUUAUCUGAUGGGUCUUACUGCAAUGUCAACAUGGAGAUUUAAUGUCCCAACUGGAUUUGGCAUUCAUCAGUCCAUGAACCCAGAUCCUUACAGAGGUCCUUGGGGAGGCGCUAACUGUAGAGAUUCCCCAUCACAGACCCUGAGAUCUUGUUCCUGUGGACCUGGAGAGUGUCAGGCUGGAGAAAAAUAUGCUGAACAAUUAGAGGAUGUGCUUAGGUUCUCCAUGCCAAAAGACAAAUGUGGGGCAUUCUUUGCAGAAUCCAUUCAGGGAGUAGGUGGAACCACACAGUUCCCCAAGAAUUUCUUGAAAAAGGCUUUUGACAUGGUCAGAAGUAAUGGUGGAAUUUGUAUCUCUGAUGAGGUCCAGACAGGAUUUGGUAGGCUAGGUGAACAUUUUUGGGGAUUUGAAAACCAUGGCGUUGUUCCAGACAUUGUUACAAUGGCAAAGGGCAUUGGUAAUGGUUUCCCCUUGGCAGCAGUGGUUACCUCCCCUGAAAUUGCUUUGUCUAUGGCUAAAGCCCUGCAUUUUAACACGUAUGGAGGGAAUCCUCUUGCUUGUGCUGUGGGAUCGGCGGUACUAGAUGUAAUUGAGGAAGAAAAGAUACAGGAAAAUGCUGCCAAGACUGGUACCUACUUCAUUUUGGAACUCAGGAAACUGAUGGACGAAUUCGAAAUAAUCGGUGAUGUCCGAGGGAAAGGCUUAAUGAUUGGUGUGGAGCUAGUCCAAGAGAGGGAAAACAUCACACCAUUACCAGUAGAAGCUGUAAACAAGAUCUGGGAACAUUUGAGAGAAUAUGGAGUUUUGGUUGGAAAAGGAGGAAUAUAUGGAAAUGUUCUUCGAAUCAAACCACCUAUGUGUAUCUCGAAAGAUGAUGUUGACUUCACCAUUGCUGUUCUCAGGGAUGCUUUGAAAGUGUACACUAAAUAGACAGUACAUACAUGUACUAACUAGUCAGUAGUGUGAAUGCAAGUGAACAUUUAUACAAAUGCAUAGAUAUUUCAUAUACAUGUAUAUACAUUCUGAGAGAGCAAGUGGGAUAUUUAAUCACUAUAAAUAGGAAAGACCAUAUUUCAUGAAAAAUGCAGAAUGAUAUCUAUCUGAAUUUAUUUGACACCAAAUUAUGUGAAAAUAUUUCAUGCAAGUGAAAUAUAUAUAUUUUUUAAUACUGUUGGUUUCAUCCAUUUUCAUGGGCAUUAGAAUUUGUGGAAUUGUUUUAUUUUAAAAAAAAAAAGCAAAAGUAAAACAACAUUACAGUUUUGUUAAUGUGUUCCUUCGUGGAAAGCUGCUAUUUGUAUUUUCUUUCUGAGCAAAAAUUGUGCUAUGUUGAUCAUAAUCUGGCACAACCACCAAAGCAUUGAAAAUUGGUGUUCAACAGAAAAAAGAUGAAACCACAUAAAAAAAAAUUUACAGUCAGCUGUGAUAUUGAAUUGAACAAGUAAUGAAAUUGUAUGUUGUAUGCUGCAAUACAUACAGUUUGAUCCACUGCUUCAUUGUAUUGCGGAGUUUUAUUCAGAAAUUCUCCCAUAUUUGAUGCUGAAAUGCAGUCGCUGUGUACUCAGAAACUCCUCUUAAUUAAACUUCAUCAGUGUGUGUUGUUGUAUUUGCUCUUUUUGCACCCAAAUCCAAGACAGUGUGGUUGUUUUUUUUUUUUUAAUUGGAUGGAUUUAAUGGUAUGGAUCUGUAUUGAAAUUCAGAUUAAGGAGUUACGAUAUCACCGGUACAGUAGGUGUAAUUUUCCCUGACCAGUUACAUAUUUCUGCUGUAUCCACAUUCUAAACGUUUACACAGGAUUUUCUUAUCAGCAGAUUAGCUGUGAUCUGUAAUACUUUAAUAAAUAUACAUGUAGAAUGAGUUACACACAUUCCUGGGAGUUUUGAACAGGGAAAGCAAAUUGGCAAACUGUUAACCGCACGGGAAAAAAGUAUGUGCACAGUACAGGGUUCUCCCCUGAAAAUGAAUAGGUAGAGAUUAUGUGGUAAUAGCUGUAGUGUCUAAAUGUUUGCACCAGUACCUCUUACAAAUCCUGCUGAGUUUGUGUUCAUGAACCGAGUUCUCUAUGAAGUUGUUUUUAUGUGGGCUCUUUUGUUCAUUUUAGAUCAGUAUGUUUAUAAAAUCAAAAAUGUGUUUACAAGAAAAGGAGUGCUGUAGUAUUCAGUGUACUUUGUGCAUUUUGUAUGUGUAUACAGCGUAUCACUUUUCGACUUUUUCAUUAGCAUGUAUGGAGAAGCUGAAGUAAUUUUUGUUUUACUUCAUUCUUUUUCUGUAUAAAUUAUUUCAUAUUGAAAUUAGAUUUUUCAUCUGGUAUGAAUGAUGCUGCUUUUAUAAAACUUAUUUUUGCCAUUUACUGUAUAUGAUGGAAUAUUUUCUUGUCAGUGUGGGAAAGAACAUCUGUACGUAGUAAUUUCAAUUCAACAUGGUUAAUGUGACGAUGAAAUGCUGCAUUUUGUAUUGUUAGCAAAAUAAGAAUGAAAUCUUUAUUGUUCCAUCUGCACUGAGACUCUAAAUCACAAUUAUCAUGUAUAUUGAUAAUUAUAGAAACUGCUAACUGUAGAAAGUGAUGAUGUGAUAAUAAUUGUUACUUAUACAUAUCUUUGUAGACAGAGCACCAGUAAAAACACUUUAUCUGUG